GAGCCGGCCAAGCCCGCCCUGCCCUGCCCUGCCCUGCAGUGGCGAUCCGAAGGAGCCGCACUUGCAAGCCGACGCCGAGCAGCAGCUGCGUCUCUGUAGCGCAUCCUCGCGCCUGCCGCGACCAGCAUGAGCCCCUGGAAGAAGACCGUCUACAAGAGCGUCUUUCUCUCCUUCGCGCUGAUAGUAACCGUGACCCUCUUGCAAAAGGGCUCCGUUCCCAACCAGUUCUUUCAGACCCAGCUGCAGAAAUCCGUGGUCUCCCAAGAACUGCUCAAGAGGAAUGAAGUGCUGCCCCUCACCAACAACUUCUGGAAAAAGGGAAUCGAGGUUCCUCCGCCUGUCAAAGCCGCCGAGAAAGAGGUGACAUCCUGGGACGUCCAGGCCACCAACUGCACAGCCAACUUCAACUUCACCAAGGAGGAGUGGUUCAGAAACCUGGAGCCCCACUUCCAGCAGUUCCUCUUUUACCGACACUGCCGCUACUUCCCCAUCAUCAUCAACCAUCCGGAGAAAUGCCGCGGCGAAAUCGACCUGCUGAUUGUGGUGAAGUCGGUCAUCACCCAACACGACCGCCGAGAAGCCAUCCGUAGGACGUGGGGUCAAGAGCGAGUGUUGGACGGGAAAAAAAUCAAGACUCUCUUCCUGUUGGGUAUCGCCUCCAAAGUAGAGGAGAGACCCAACUACCAGAAGCUUCUGGAGUACGAGGAUCGGAUCUACGGGGACAUCCUACAGUGGGACUUCUUGGAUACCUUUUUCAACCUCACCUUGAAGGAAGUCCACUUCCUCAAGUGGUUCAACAUCUACUGUGACCAGGUCCGGUACAUCUUUAAAGGGGACGAUGACGUCUUCAUGAGUCCUGAGAACAUCUUGGAGUUCCUCAAGGAUCAGAAAGGAGGGGACCUAUUUGUGGGCGACGUGCUGGUCAAAGCGAGGCCCAUUCGCAAGAAGGAAAACAAAUACUACAUCCCCAACUCUUUGUACGGCAAGGCCUAUUAUCCGCCCUACGCGGGCGGAGGGGGCUUUGUGAUGGAUGGGCCCUUGGCCAAGCGUCUCCACAAAGUCUCCGAAAACCGGGAGCUGUACCCCAUCGACGAUGUCUACAUGGGGAUGUGUCUGGAGGACCUCAAGGUGACGCCCGUGGCUCACACCGGCUUCAAAACUUUUGGCCUGGUGAAAAACAAGAACAGCAAAAUGAACCGUGAACCUUGUUUCUACAAGAGCAUGUUGGUAGUCCAUAAACUUCAGCCGGCCGACCUGCUCAACAUGUGGGAUUUGGUCCAUAAACAUUUGUCCUGCUCCCAGAAAGCCAACAUCCUUUAGCUCAACCCAGUUUUAGCCAAAGAGGAAGAUCACCGGGAGCACCAAAGAUCCACCCUUUCUAAUGAAGUUGAAAGAAAACAGGACGACAAUAAUCCGAUGGUGUUGGAGGGGAGGGGAGGGGUUUGUUGAAAUUAUUGGAAAAGUGGGGGAAGAGGAGGUUUUCUUUUUUUCAUAUUUUAUUUGUUCCCCUGUGGGACUUUCGAAGGAUGUAGGAAAAAAAAAACUUGAAGAGAUGGGGAGUUCGAUGGCCAGAAAGGGAAUUGACUAUUCCGGGAGAGAUGAAGAAUGACUACCCUACGUUGGGCAGUCGGGCAAGUCACACCUUCUUUUAUUUGUGCCCUUUUUUGUGGUGUGCUGUACAGCUAGAGGCUGGUCCUAAAGCUAAGACAUUUAUUUCUAGGGGAAUGUGUGAGAGA